CAAAAUCACCAACGGGCGACCCUCUCCUUCCAAGAGGGAAGCCCUACUACAAGCCCUCUUUGAUGCCGAAAUUCGUACACUAAGGAUAAUCACUGCCCAUGACCACUUCCUCAUCAUCUGCCAAGAUGAAAGAAAUGCCGAAGCCCUAUUCACCACCCACUGCAUCGACCAACUCAAAGAAAAAGGCUUCGAGCCACUCAUGUCUCCAGAGCUGAAGGCCAAACUAACGCUUGUCCUAAAGCAGCUGGAUAGAGAACUGGUAAAAGAAACACCAGAAGCCAUCAAGGAGGAACUUGAAAGAAACAUGCCAGACACACAAAUCGGCAACAUUUAUAUCAUGAAAAACAGAUACCUCAUAAAGAUUCAGUUCACAGACCACCAGAUUGCUGCCAAAAUACAGGAAAAGGGCCUAUACCUCUUCAAUAUCUAUAUAAGCCCCAGACAAAUCGAGCCAGAAAGGUUCACCACCAUUGUGCAAUGCAUCCAUUGCUACCGCUAUGGACACUAUAAAAAUAGUUGCCCAGAUAAAGAGAAAAGACUCAAACUAUGCUCAGAAUGUGGGUCCAACACCCACAACUUCAGAGACUGUAAGUCUCAGACCAAAAAAUGUCUAAACUGCGGUGAAGGACAUAGAACAAUGGCCAACUCGUGCCCCAUCAGAAAGGAGGCCAUGAAACAGACGAGAGAGGAGAGAGCAAAAAAAGAAGAAGAGAAAAAAGACAUACCAAUAAAAAAAGUAGCAGAGCAAACGGCCAAACAAACUGUAGCCGCCACCCAAAAUGCUUGGCUCAAACCACUGAUUAAAGAAAUGAAAGAAGAAAAAGAAAAAGAAAAAAAAGAACCACAAAUAAUCCUGCAGCUACCUGAUGACCUGUCAGUAGGCAUCAUGACUGCCCUAAUACAAGCCCACCUCCAAAACAUCAUGGAGCCAGGACUGGAACAGCCUCCAUCCGCCUGGGUUCACACCUAG